AUGAGGCUCCACAUCUUCAUCCUUGCAGUUCUCACUGCUGUAAUUUGCACAAGAGCUCAAAUCAAACAUGUGGACAUUGAAAUGAGUGCAUGUUUGGAAGAAAAACAUGUAGAGGAUCUGUAUGAACUUGACGGUGAGGAAAUGGCUCAUGCCAGCUUCACAGAAAACAAAAUGGUGAUGACACUGCCUGACUUUGCAGAUCCUUCUACUUAUGAAGAUGGAACUUAUGAGUCAGCGGUGCAAAAACAACAAACCUGUCUACAAGGCUUGAAAAUUUAUAAACACAAUUACAACAACCCAACAGAGGCAAAAGAUCCCCCCCGCAGCUCCAUAUACCCAAAGGAUUAUGUGACACCUGGCGUGAUGAACACGCUUGUCUGUCACGUUACUGGGUUCUACCCUCCUGAGCUCAGAGUAAAGUGGACAAAGAACAAUGAGGAUGUGACAGAAGGUGUGACCAUUAGUCAGUUUCGAUUCAAUGAAGAUGGCACCUUUAAUGCAUUUUCCACACUGAGCUUCACUCCAGAGAAGGGGGACAUCUACACCUGCACAGUUGAACAUCGGGCCCUCCAGGAACCCCUAAUAAGAGAAUGGGAUGCAGAUGAUGAGAUUACUGUGCCCAGUAUUGGUCCAUCUGUGUUCUGUGGAGUGGGUUUGACUGUAGGGCUGCUGGGAGUGGCAGUUGGAACAUUCUUCCUCGUCAAAGGCAACAGCUGUAACUGA